CAUGCGCGUCUAAUUAAUGCGAGCAUGUUGGUAACGCGGGCUCGACAGCAGUCAGAACUCUCGCUCGAUAUUGCAUUAGACGCCAUGACCAGUCUCGAGACAUUGUAGGAAUUGGCUGUUGAUUUACUGGACAACAGCUCCGGACCACGCUCAUAGCCUCGACAUGGCAGACAAACCAAACAAUGCCGUCGACUUCUGGAACGUCAACGUCCCGGCGGAGCUGCAGACACAAGAGUGUCCGGAUUUCUUGACAUAUGCUUUGGAAAACGAGAAAGAUCGAAGCAUCCUGGCAACCCGCGAUGCCGACUGGCACCGACUGUCAUGGGAAGAAGCGCAGCGCCUCACCCUGCAAAAUCGACUGGACCUCUUCGAGCGCAUGCCGAGUGAUCUGCGCAGGUAUCGCGAAUAUUGCUUCAAUCUGGAGCGGAAGUAUGGGAGUGUGAUGGAGUUUGUCGUGAAGCACAGACUGAAGUGGCAGAAUCUCGAGCCCGUCGACAAACCUUUCGCCGUGGACAGCGAUAUGAAGAUCUUGCGUAACGACUGGCCUUACGGUAUCGACCCACGCAUCGUUCAUCUCGUGGUCUGGACCAAGUUCGAACUGCCCGCAGCUCCCAGCUCCGAUGCCGACCCGGAUGAAGAUCUCAGUCCCGAGACGCGCGCGCAGAUUCAAGCCUACGUCGACGAGGUGUUUAUCAACGUUUGCGGCGCGGAAAAUGUCAUCUGGUUCAAGAACUGGAAGGCGCUGAAGAGCAUCCAUUCCGUCGAGCACUUCCACGUGAUGCUCUUCAAUCCGAGCGACGAUUUCGUAGACCGAGUCACGGGAGGUGAUGUCUCCGCCAGCGAAGACGCGGAAAUUCAGAAGAAGGCACUGGGGGGUGAGCCGUCAUAACAGCGUUGCUCGCAAAAGCUCGUGUGACCAUCCCGCACAUGGUCUUACAUAAAAUUGUGUCAGGUACUUGUGCGCCGCAGAGGUGACGACAGCUCGAAGGGGCAACAUCGUACGAGGCCGAAAUUGGUGCAGGACGCGGCAGUGUAGGAAGGUCACGGCACUUCGAGAUCCCGCCAGUACGUAGACGAUAAAUGUAGAUUUUGCAUGCGCAGAUGACUUUCUAC